AUGUCGUUAGAAGGACAGCUCAAUCAGUUUGUGAUGAACCAUUUCUCCUCCAUGCGCUUGUUGGAUCCAGAAUCGAGCUCGAAGGGUGCGGACGUUGAGAUUCAUCAGCGCUACAUGAGUCCGAGGAAAAGCGAAGAAAAUGCCCUCCACCCUAAAGCAUUGUUCCUCGAGACCAAAAAGGAUCCCGACUUCUUCUUCACUCCUUCACCCCCCAACUCAACGAGCAAGGAGAGCCCCCGAGGAUGGUCGGACGAGUACUUCAACAUGACACUGUCGGAGGCUGUUACCCGAGGAGACUAUGGAUACGUUGAAAGGGUUGCUCUGCAGAUGUUGAGCAUGGCAAGAACGAGAGAUGCGGCAAAGCUGCAAGACCUCAUCACCGCGCAGUUCGCUGGUCCCGCCCCCCUUUCUUCCAGUAGCACCAUGAGUUCAGCGAGCACGAUCCUCUCCUCAUCAAGAUUUUCUGAUAUCUAUCUACCUGGACACAGCAAACAAGUUUCAUACUCACCUCAUAUCCUCUCUGUCAAGAAAGCUAUUGGCUGCACUGACUUCUCAUCGGAACUCAUCCCCAACAACCUCCCAGGAACUUUUCUCUACGACACUCCUGCGCGACAGGUUCCGAACGUUCUGGCCCCUGUUGGAUCGCCAAUGUCUUACGCCUGCCGCAGACUUCACCACUUGUCAGACCGAGCACAGAAGGACGCCAUCAUCAAUGUUGUGUAUCAUGCGAAGAACAUCACUGCCAAGGAGAAUCGUUUGCUCGACAUUCCGUCACCUUGCUAUGUGUUGGGAGAUGUUCAUGGCAAUUUGCACGACUUGAAUUUCUUCAUCAAGAUGCUUUGGCCUGCCGGCCUUGCUGCUUCAGCAGGGAAUUUCUUGUUCCUCGGCGACUUUGUGGAUCGUGGGAUGGACUCGGUUGUGGUUGUCGCGUAUGUGAUGGCGAUGAAGAUCCUCUUCCCGGCCAAGUGGUGGUUGAUUCGCGGAAACCACGAGACCAGAGAAGUCAACGGCAACACGGAUCACUACAGGGAAGGCUCCUUCCUGAAGCAGUGCAUCAAGAUCUUCGGCGAGGUCGAUGGGCACUUGGUGUGGGAAUCUGUCAACAACUUCUUCGACACGCUGCCUCUCGCGGCCACCAUCGACUCAAGCAUCUUCUGCGUGCAUGGUGGCAUACCCAAGUCCUUGUGCGAGGACGGGGCCACACUGGAUAUCAUCAACGAGGUUGAGUGCCCCCUGAGGGCUCCGCACGCCAAUCAGAUGGUGUACGACAUGUUGUGGUCGGAUCCUUCCAGCCCUGAUCAAGCUCUCCACGAGCUGGACGAGGCUGGGUUCGGCCAGUCGUCUCGGGGAUGCGCGAGCUUUAGUGAUCGCUCGAUUGAUAUCUUUCUCUCCAAGUACGAGUACAACUUCCAGCACAUCUUCCGGGGCCACGAAGCACAGAAAUCGGGUGUUGGAGUGAACAGAAAUGCUCGGCUCACCACCAUCUUCUCAACCUCCAAGGAUCACUUCCAGGACAACUCUGCUACCUGCGGUUGUGUGCUGGUGGAGUCCGGUGUCAUUCAGCCUGUGAUCCGAUCGAACAACGACCUUCUCACGUCCACUCAGAUCACGGAGAUGCACGUGUUUCGCGACCCUCAACUCUCCCGCGCGCACAACCAGCCGCCGCCCACCAUCUUGGCCCAGCCCAUGUUGUAUAAGUCGGUUCAAGAGCCUGUGCGAUCUCAGCACAUCGUAUCUACCCCUGACGGGCGCUCCUGGCUGAUUCGUCAUGCUGCUUAA